CGCUUAUGAUUUGCUUUAAGAAAUUCAGCAUGCAUUAGCAAUUUAAGUACAGCUGUUUUCUUCAUUAUGCUAUUUUGUUUACUUUAAAAUACGAAACCAUAAUUGAUUUAUUCAGCUCAUAAAAUUCGAAAAAAGAAUAAACAAGACAUUUCAUCGCUAGUCUUUCAGCAGUUGUUACUGCGCUUGUGCAGAAAUUGUUAUGGAUUUCAGCAUGAAGUCUAUCAAAGGUCUGGCCGCUGAGGCAGCUACUGCUUUUAGUCGAGCUGUUCAGUAUACUGAAGAAAAGCUUGGAACAUCUGAAAAAACUGAACUUGAUGCACAGUUUGAUGGCUUGGCACUCCGUGCUGAUCGAACCAAACAUUGGACCGAGAGACUUGUUUCUAGGACAGAUGCUGUUCUUCAACCAAAUCCAAAUACUCGAGUCGAAGAUUACUUUUUUGAAAAACUUGACAAGAAAAGAGAACAUCCUUCCAACUUAGAUCUCCUUGGCCAGGACAUGAUAGAUGCAGGAGCUGAUAUUGGUUCUGGAACCCCCUAUGGUAGUGCUUUAAUUAAAAUUGGUCAAGCACAACAGCGUUUGGGUGCAGCUGAACGAGAAUUCGUCCGCUCUGCCAUGACCACUUAUGUUACUCCUUUAAAGAGAUUUUUAGAAGGAGAUAUGAAAACUAUCAUGAAAGAAAGAAAAAUCCUUGAGAAUAAGAGACUAGAUCUAGAUGCUUGUAAAAGCAGGCUGAGGAAAGCGAGAUCUAUGGAAAGCCAAGCUAAUGCUGAAACGGAACUCAGAAUUUCUCAGGCUGAAUUUGAUAGACAAGCAGAAAUCACUAGACUCUUGCUCGAGGGAAUUAGUAGUGCACAUGCAAAUCAUUUGCGCUGUCUAAGUGACUUUGUAGAGGCCCAGGCAACUUUUUAUAAUCAGUGCCAACAAUUCAUGGUUGAUCUACAGAAAGAACUAUCAAGUUCAACAAAUUUAGCUAGAGGUAAAGGGGCUUAUCAAGGUCUUUAUCCUACUUCACCAAGUCCAUCAGAUAUGCCUUUGAAUUCCCUUCCAGAUGAUAAAAAACGAGCUAGAGUUUUGUACAACUAUGAAGCAUAUGACAGCAGUGAGCUAUCUUUGACUGCUGAUGAAGUCAUAGUUGUGAGUCCCUUACCUGUUCCUGAUGCUGAUUGGAUGAUGGGAGAAAGGGGUGGUCAAAAGGGAAAAGUCCCAAUGGCAUAUCUCGAAAUAUUAAAUUAGCCUCUUUUUAUCUUGCUGAUCUCAAAUUUCAAUUUCUGCAAACUUAGCCAUAAACAGUGAUAAUCAGUUGGAGCAUUAGCCUUAUUGUUGUCAUUUGACCAUGUCUACAGCUGUGGUUGUUAAUGUACAUCUUGUUCAUAUCAGUAUAUAUUUGUAGUAAUUUAUGAUUUAGAUGUUCUUUAAGUACAAUAUUUUGAUUUUUUGUUUGUUUGUAAUAUUUUGCUUAGUAUAUAUCUUGUACAUAUUUUUUUUUUUUUUUUUUUUUUUUUUUUUACAUAAUUGUGUUAGUGUAACCAUUUUUUCAAGUGUGAGCUAAUUCUUUCAAAAUAAUGAGUCAAAUUGGCUAUUACUGGUAAUUUUUCGCCCUUAUUUUGUCUGUUUCUGAAUUUGAUUAUUCUGAAUAAAAAAAUUUUAAGAUAUUGUAUAAAUACUAUUUAUUUCUUAACUUUAUUAAAAAGUAUGUGUUAUGGAGCACAUUUGAAUUUUUGCUUAAUUAUUUUCUUGUAUCAAAAUUAAGUGCCAACCUCAGAACUUGAAUUGGUUUUCUAAUUUUUAGAAUGUGAUAAAUAAAAUCUUGAAUUUCAAUAGUUUUUUUUUUUUUCCUUGUGUCAUGAAUGUUGACUUAUCAAUUGAAUUUGGAUAUUUAAAUUGCUUUUUUUAUAUAUAUAUAUAUUCUACUUCCAUAGCUAAUUUUCCAUAACACUUGAAAAAAAUGUGGUUGCUUGAGUGUGGUUUGAUUUUUUUAAACUGUUUUUAAUGGUUGACUUUAUAGAAACUUAUGUUGUGUAAAUCUAUGAUUUUUCAUAUUUAUUGCAUACAACUUUCUUUGAAAACAAGUAACUUUGCAAAUAAAAUCAAGCUUAAUAAUUUAAAAAUUUAACAUUUUCCAUAGCAUUUUUGAAGUGUUUCCUAGUUCCCCUUUUUUAAAAUGAAAUCAUUAUGAAACAUUCCACAAAUAACAAUACUUCUAUAAAAUGUUAUGCAAGUCUUUGAAAUAAUUAACAUUUACUGUUAAAUAAAUAGUUAAAAUUUUAUUUUUUAUAAAUGAAUGUGUUUCCUCAUCAAGUUUUAAACAUUUAUUUGUACAAUUUAGCCUCUGGGUAUUAAAUGUGUGCUUGUGAAUGUUGAAUAUUAAUAGUUGAUUUUAAAGUAAAAUUUAAAUGCUUUCAUAUCUACGUAAUUAUCUAAUAGAUCUAUUUAACUUUGUGAUGCAGUGUUUUUUGGAAUUAAUAUAUAUGUAGAUCUUUCUGUAAUUAUUUUUUACUUAAGAGAAUUGUAAUUGAAUAAUUUUUUCAUCCUUUUUAUAUAAAUUUGGUUAUUUGUAUGUAUUUUUGCCAAAUAUUUAAUUAUUUGUUUUAUUAAACAGUAAGAAAUACUUUGUAUUAAGCAAUUAUUUUUAAAAUUGGUUCUGCUAUAUUUCUUCUUACAACAGCAUUGCUUUUAAACUUUGGUAAUCCAUUCUGUUAUAAAUUCAAAGUAAUAACAAUGAUAGUUAACAACAUUGAUAAAUCAUAUACUCAUAAUUGGUAUAAAAAAUUCUAGUAUUUUUAAUAUGUUUAAUUCUAUUAUUUUUAGAAUAAAGCUUUAAAAAAUUAAUCUUUAUAAAAUUAAAAAUUUUUUGAAAUAGAAUGUAACAUUGAUGUACCCAUAUAAUAUUAAAUCUGCUAUAUUAUCAUUUCAUUUCCUGUACGGUUUUAUAAUAACGAUAUAUAAUGUUUCUAAAUUUUAUGUGUGCUUUUCUAGUUUGUGACUUAGAAUUUUUUUCUAGUUGAUUGUAUUAGUUAUACUACAAUUAUAUCAGGUUGUGGCUUUUGCAGGGAUGUGAAAGCAUGCAAUAAAUUGUUAGACAUACAAGCAAAACUUAGUAUUUAAAUGCAAUAUAUUAAAAAAAUACAUAAACGAACUCUUCUGAGGUAUUUAUGUAGUUUAUUUUAUUAAUUUAGAAAUUGUUUCUUUGAAGUUAGUUUUUGAAUAGUAUUUUGGCUGUGUUUUGAAUAGUAUUAUAGUGUUUACCUUUUUUUUUUUUUUUUUUUUUUUUUUUUUUUUCACUGUAAGACUGAUGUGUUCUAACCCAUUUUUGUAUCAGAGUUGCUUUAUUGUCAUAAACAAAUAUUUGUAUUAUUUUAGUUGGGUGCAUGAGCGUGUUUCAUUCUAGUUUAUUGUAUUUUUAGGAAUAUAUUUGUUUUGAUCUCUAAAAUUUUUUGAUUAUUAUGUUACAUUUAAUACUUAAUAUUUAUUAUUUUGCAUCUGCUGCAUUUUAUGUUUUAUGGGCAGCAUUUUUUAAAAAAUUAGAUAACAAAAUAAAUUAAGUGCCUUACAGCUAUUUCAGUUUUUAUAUGUGAUUAUCUUAAAUGUGUUUGUGUGUGUGGUUUAUUCUUCAUAUUUCUGCCCAUAAAAUAUUAAUAUAUUCAUUUCUAUGCCUCAUUUGACUGUUGGUGCUAUUUUCUUUUAUGUAAAUUAUUGAGAAUAGAGUGCUUUUUGCAUCAAAAAUUCAAAAUGUUCACAUUCAUAUUUGAUUUCUAGAAUUUUAUGCAUAAAUUUUGCAUGUAUUAUUGGGCAACCUUAGAUUUUGUAUUUGUUUAAACAUCUUAUUCAGUAUUUGCCAGUCAGAUUAUCAUCAAAUACAUUUUUCAAAUCAAUUUAAAAACUAUGUCAUUCUUUUGAUAACAUUUGCAUUAUUAUCAUUCCAAUUAUCUUAACUUUAAUGCACAAAAUAAUAAUUGCUGUAUCUAGAAACUUUCUUUUCCUGGUGUUUUUGAAUUUAAAAUUUUCCAUUUUUCCUCUCUUUUUCAAUUCUUUAUAAACUUUUCUAUAUUAUAACUCUCUCAAUUCUUUAUUGUCCUUUAUAGUAUUUCACUCAUGUGUUGUAUAGUACUACAAUGUUUUACUUCUAAAUUUUAAGUAAAAAGUUGCAGUGGUACUGCUUCUGCUUUUGGUUCUUUGAUAUAUACGUUUAUUUUAAAGCGUUUUAUAGUGUAUUUUGUAGUUAGAAACUAGAUUUAAUAUUCCUGCCUAUUUGGUCAAAUUCUUAAAAUUAAUUAAAGGGCAUGUUAUUUAUUGAAACUGAUAUGAUUGUGCAUAUUUUUAGCAGCUAUCAUGAAGGUUUUAAUAUUUUUAAAUUUUUAGAAUGUGAGAUAUAUGGUUUAAUUUAAAGUAAUGAAGUACAAUCCACUGUUAAAAUAUUUGAUAUGGUGCUCUGAGUAGACAAAUCAUAUGUGUUAUUUUAUGAACUUGUCUUCAGAGUUAUGAAAUACUGAAAAAUAUAUGUAAUACGAUAUAUAAUAUGUAGGUGAAGUAUUUAAAAUCAGUUGAGGAGACUCAAUUAUCCUUAAUUUUUAAGAUUGAAUUUACUUGUAAAAAAUUGCUCUCCAAAUAGAUAAAUCUGAAAUGAUAUUUCAUGACAACAACUUCAUCAAAAUUAUGAAUGAAAUGAGCAUUCAUGAGUAAUUUUUUCUUUAAGAAGUGUGUGUGCAAAAUUAAAUCAGAAUUUUAAAAUAAUCAUUUUUUUUUAAAGGUUAAUACCAAUUUUGUAUGUUGUUACUGUUUCAUUAGCACCAACAUUCAUUGCUAAUAUCUGGCCAUGAGAGUUAGAUUGAAAUCUGAUAAAUUAUGCUUAGAUUUGGCAAUUGUUUAAUGCCAAUCUAAAUACUGUUACUAUUUAAUUAGCACCAACUUUCUUUGCUAAUAUUUGACUACGAGAUCAUUAAAAUUUGCUGUUAGCUCUGAGAUUUGAUAGAUAUUUGUUUAGGCUUCCAAAAUAGAAACACACCAUGAUUACUGUAAAUUUGCUGUAAAAAGGGGUGUAGCUUAAAUUUUCAAUUCCCCCCUAAGUUUUAUUUAAUUAAUAUAAAUGUAAAAAAAAAAACCAAGUUAUCUGCACAAAGCUUAUUAAGGAUUUACUUUAAGUUGUGAAUGGUCUCAUAUAAAUAUAACCAUUAUUAAAAAGGCACCAUUAUAAAUGCAGUCGAUAUUAAAUAGGAGAUUUGCAUUGAACACUAACUUGAUACCAGUGGCUCAUUUUUGUCACUUUCUGUGAAAAAACUUUGUCACUUUCUAUAAAAAAUAUUAAUGAACAAAAUAUAUGUUUUCUCCGUUGCUUUUAUUUAAUGUUCUUCAACAAAGAUUGUUCUCAGAGUCUUUAUUAUUUUUUGUUCUAAAUUAGUUUUAGCAAUAAUAUGAUAGAUUUUAAAAUGUUCUGUGUUUUCUGAAUUAUAGAAAAAGAUUAACUAUAUUUGUGUAAUGAAGCUUAUGUGAAGUCAUCUUGCCAUGUAGUGCCGUAUAUAUAUAAAAAAGAUGCAAUGAUUGUGAUGUGUUUGAUAGUUUAUCAGAUUGAAAUAUUUUUGAUGCUGUGUUAUUUUGUAAAAUAUUACCAUCUUCCAAAACAUCACUGUUCAGCAUAGUUAAUUUUAUCUAGAAAUUACUGUUUCACAGUUAAUUAUUUAAUACUUCUUCCUUCGACUAAAGCUAAGAUGCAGUUGUUUUUUAGAAUAAGAAUGUGCAAUACUUUUGAAAAAAUGUCUUUUGAUAUCUAUCCCUAAGCAUAAUUAUCAUUUAAUUGAAAGAAAAUGUUACUAAUUAAUUUUGUUUAAAUUAAAUAUUUUAAUUUUCCUCCUUUAAUUGAUAAUUUUUGUUAGAUUUAGUAAGUAAAUAAAAGGUAUGUAAUCUUAGAGAUAAAUAGUUUUAAUUAAAAAAUUAUAAAUUAUAUUUGAAGAACUUUGUGGAAUAAUGAAAUAUGUAGAAAGAAGUUUUAGAAAUUGAGUGAAAUUUCCUGUCUUUUCUUUCAGCUUUCCUUUCCUUUUUUUGUUUUUAAAUCUGUGUUAGGGCUUCUUAAAAUAUUACUUCAUAGGAUUUUAAUUUUAAAUGAAAACAUUUCUUGACCCUAUUAUAUACAAAUAAUUUUUUCACUUCUCCAAAACUUUAAUUAAUGCAUCUCUUUAUUAUUUAUUUGAACCCUUUAAAAGGCCAUUUUUUUUCUAGUCACAAUAUAUUAAAAUAUUUCUAGGAUUGAGAUUAGCUCAAGAAAAGUGAUUCAUUUAACUUAUUAAAUAAAUUUAAUUUGAUUAAUUUGUUUAAUUAAUAAUUAAGUAACAAAUCAAGACACAUCAUUUUGUGUGACAUAAGGAACUGAAGCAUCUAAGUUUCUGUUCUAUUGAAAAAUUUGUCAGAACUAAUGCCAACCUACAUAAUUUCAUGCAAAGAUUGAUUAAUUUGGUGGGAAGCAUACGUGCAUACUUCCUAUGGUCCUAGAAAGGGUUAAAGGAGUAAUAAAAAUUUAAAUGGUUAUUUAGAAAAUGUUUUUGAGAUGCAUGAAAUAAGGUGACGUCUUUGCAUACAUAUAGAAUUUUGAAGAAAAAAGAUAAACAAAAGUUUAGAUGUCCUCAAAAUUGGUCUUUUGUAUUUCAUCAUCCAAAAAUAGUUGAUGAAUGAAGUGAUCGCCAUCUAAGAUCCAUAAUUUAAGAAGCCCUUUUCAGUGUUUAUUGCACCUCUAUAGUUUAUGUUAGCUAUUGUGUGAGUAAUUUAAUUGAAAAAUUAGAAGAGCAAAUCUCUAUAGAUUUUAAAUACUUCUGCCAAGUAUAUUAUGUGAUUUUUCUUUAAAAUUUUAUUGAAUUAUAUAUUAUAGCAGUAGUAAUUUUUAAUGUAUUUUUGCUUUGAUUAACAAAUUAUUUGUCUUUUUUUUCCCCUUACAAAGAGCUAAUAUUUUUAUGGAAAAAAAUAUUGCAGUUACAACAAGUUGGUCAGAUUGUUGGGUCUCAACAAAGCUGGUUCUUCUAGUACUAUGCAUAAAGUUUUUCUCUUCAAAAUGCAUAAAUAUUGGCAAUAUCUCUUAUAAAACAUGAUGUUGAAUGAUAUAGUUAAUGUUCUGCUAGUGUAUGCUAUAUAUAUAUA